GUAUAUAUUUUAAUGGAUUGCGAAAAUGGUUGGAUACUUCCUCUCUGGAAUACAUGUUUAACAGUGGGGCGACGAGCGUUUUAAUGCAAGGUGAAAUUAGUAGACCGCAUACCAAGUUGGUAGGUUUAACAAGUCCUAUUUCGAAGCCAGUAUGCGGUGUGCACCUACAGCGCGCACGUUCUUGGGUGUCUUCUUGUAUAGUAUACGAUAAUUUAACAGGCACAUUAAAGUUUUCCAUUUAAUAUCGAUAUUAAAUAUAAAAGUCCCGUCCGUUACUAGACUAUUCACUAUAGUGUGUGAUAAAUACUUUAGUCACACAAUGAAAAUUCGGUGUAAUCACGUGAUUUCAGCCGCCAUCUUCGUCGUUUUUGUCGUUACUUCAGUGAACGCGAGAAAUGUCCGGCAGAACCUAGGUACAUCUAUAGACACCACCGGGAUGACAACUAUCAAGGUAUACGAAACAGUCAACAACACCACAGCGAUGAAGCCCAUCAACGGAACGGCCAACAACGCCACAGCGACGUCGUCUAUUGAGGGGACGGCUGCGACACAGGCGGUGACAAUCGCCAACGUAGGAACGGCAACCGAAACCCAGACGGACGAAAAUGGAUUGUUGGUCGAUAAAAAUGUUAUCAUUCAUCCAUUACGCAAGCCUGACGGUGGUCAGUGUCCGAGGGGAUACAGUAUAACGUCUAACGGAAAUUGUAAACCAAGUUUUACUGGCUAAUAAGAUUGACUCAGUCUCUCCGCCAACCGAGCUUAGAAUAAUAUACAGGACGAUUUUCCAAGUAUGAUGUGCUCCCCCUUUUUGACUUUAAUAGGUUAGUUAUUAAAAAUUCUGGUUUUUAGAAUUUUCAAAUAAACUCAAAACCUAUGUUUAUAAAUUUUUGAGAUUUUUUUGUAUUUCUUAAGAUUUAUCAUGUACUAACGUGGAAACAAAAAUGUUCGUUUUUUAAAUGAGUACCUACCUACAAUUUCUAAUGUAAUUAAUUUAGUGCAUAUUUUUUCUCGAUGUUUUGAUAUAUUCAAUUCAAAAUUUGAAUGAUUAGUUUUUGUGUUAUUUAACUUUGUGUACUAACUACUAAGGAUAAUUAUAUUAUAUAUAUGAUAAUGGAUUAGAAGAUAUGGGGGCUAUUGUGAUUUAAACAUUUUAGUGAUUAAUAAAUAUUAAUCAGAAAUCAAGAUUAAUCAUUUGUAAGAAUGUAUAAAAAUUAAUAAUUUUUAAACAUGAACCAAGUAUAAUAAACUUAAGAUCUAAUAUGAAAUAAACUUUAAAUUUUUGUAAAACCUUUUUUAUGACAAUUACCUAUUAUCCUUAGGUAGUAUCUAUCUAUCAUCAUUUCAAUAACUAUAGCCUAUAGGUACAUAUUAUAAAAAUAAUUUCAACUCUUUCAAAUUUUAAAUUAGUAACAUAACAUUUUUCAAAAAAUAAUUUAAUUUAAAAAUGAGGAUUUUCAAUUGAAAACAGAAGUUUAUGUUACCACAGGAUACUCUUUAAGUAUUCCAAACGAAUUCAAGAAUUUUAAAAACAAGGCUUUUAGCUUAUUAAAAAAUUUCAAAAAUGAGAAUUUGAAUAAAUUAAUUUUUAAAGGGAAAACUUGGGAUGAGCAUGGUUGGUAAAUAACGUUGAUUAUAUGGUUAAAUUAUUAUUUAUUAAUUAUAUUUAAUAUGUUAUAAGUAAUAUUUUUCUUUGUUACAUUAUAUUUUAAAGGAUGAAAUAAGUGUAAAACAAGAAAAAAUAAUAUAAUGUCUGCCACAAGCAUAAUAGUUAUACGUUAUUUAAAACUUCUGAAAAAUGUAUUCACCGAUAUGAUCUUAUGAAUAUGGAGUAAAUAGAAAAUUAUUAUAAAGUUCA